UGUAUGUUUUCUGAGGUCAGAUGUUUUCUGGCUGAGCACGUGAUCCCACAGUAAACGUAUAAAGAGAAUGAUGAAGGAGGAAGACUGCUUCAUUCAGAAACCUCUCAGCCUCUGGAAAGAAGAAAGCAAAAGGACAACAGAAAGACUAAAGAAAGGAUAGCAAACAACAAUAAAAGGGAACAAUGGCUCAGCACACUGAAGGAAAGUUUCAGGACCUUUCAGAAGCCCUGAAGGAAAACACCAAAGAUGUUCAUGAAGAGGCAGAAAACACAGAAUUCAUGAAGAUUUUCCAAAAGGGACAGGUGUCAUUUCAUGAAUUUAAGCUUUAUUUGGGUUCUCUGUAUUACAUCUAUGUGGCCCUGGAGGAAGAAUCUGAAAGGAACAAGGACAACCCAGUAUAUGCACCUGUUUAUUUCCCAAAUGAAUUGAAUCGCACAGUUGCACUGGAAGAUGACCUGGAAUAUUUCUAUGGUCCCACAUGGAAGAAAGACAUCCAGUGUCCGGAGGCAACUCAAAAUUAUGUGGAUAGGAUACAUCAUGUGGGCCAGCAUGAACCUGAACUUUUAGUGGCCCAUGCUUAUACUCGAUACCUGGGAGAUCUAUCUGGUGGCCAAAUUCUGAAGAAGAUUGCCCAGAAAUCUCUCAGUUUGCCCAAUACUGGAAAAGGGCUGUCUUUCUUCAAUUUCUCUGGAAUCACCAACAUCAGCAAAUUUAAACAGCUUUAUAGAGCUCGGAUGAACAGCAUCCCCAUGGAUUCUUCUACUAUUGAGAGAAUUGUUGAAGAAGCCAGAAAAUCUUUUCUUUUGAAUAUUGAAGUAUUUCAGGAGCUGCAAAAGUUGGUGAAUCAAGGCAAGCCUCCACAGAACAAUCAUCUUGGGAAAACCAAAUUAGAUUUUCACACAACAGGACGCAACAGAACACAAAUCCCAAAGGAAAGUGGCCAAGCACAGAUGAAGCAUACAGACUUGCUGCCCAGAACCCCGCUUUUGCGUUGGACUCUCGCCCUUUUCUUCUUAGCAACAACAGUUGUCGUGGGCUUGUAUGCUCUAUGAACUGAAAAGAACUUAAGCACUUUUACUACUACUUGCCUAUUCUGGAACUAAUGCAUUUUUUUUUAAAAAAAAAGAGGGUUGCAGAUUUAGAUUAUCUUGCAUAUUGGAAGUACUGAGCUUGACUAUGUCUCCAGUUCUAGGUAUUGUUGUUACCAGCAGCAUUUUUAAAGAAGUUUGUGUCAAAUACAUUUCUCUAAAGAAUCUGAAACGCCACUUUAUGACAUGCCAUUAAACCAAUAAGAAGCCAAGAUGAGAAAAGAAUGUUAACUUGCCAUCUGAAAUAUGUGAGGAAUAAAUCAAGCUGUGAUAUUUUGUCCAGUGUUUGUGUACAAGAGUUUCUAUACAGUAUAUGUUUCAUUGCAUGUUUUUCUUUGUCCUAAAAUGCAAUAAACUAUGAUUUUAUGGGAUACACUUCUACUACUUUAAAACAGAUGUGCCUUAGCAAUGACCUUUCAGGAACAGAAUAAAACAUUCUUUUAUUUGUACUUUAUACUUUUAAGUUAUAUGUACUUUCAUUAAAGUUUCUUAUAAAUUAA